CCAUGACAUGGAUAUUACUGGUGUAGUUGUUACUUUUAACCAUGACAUCACUGAAAACAUUGUUACCUUGUGCUCCCAUUGCUACAAAGGCAGAAACACACGAACAAUAACAAAAAGUACCGUAGUCAACAUGAUUAUGUGUUGUGUCCAUUACAAGCUUUGCGGUUUUUAAAGUUACUGGAUCUGUUUUGUUUUUCAGAAUUGUAUUCAUUUUUUAUUCGUUUUCUUUUGUGCUCAAUUUGUUUUUGGCAUUUUACAACUAAUAUGGCUAUUUAUAGCAUUUUAGUUGAAAAUUAGGAGGAGAGUAUGAGGCUGACAUUGAGGUGGGAAUUAUUUUGACAUCUGCAGGAAAGUGUUCACAGUGUUGGAAUCAAAAUGUUACAACAGAUUCUUCGGGACAUGUACAUAGAUCCAGAUCUUUUGGCUGAACUGAACGAUGAGCAGAAGCAGAUUCUUUUUUACAAGAUGAGGGAGGAACAGAUCAGACGAUGGACAGAAUGGGAUACAAAUCUGGACAAAGAAGAGUCCAAGAUGAAAAUUAAAGCCAAGUUUCAGCAUAGUAAGUGUUUUAUAUGUCUAUUCUAUUUGUUUAAAUCCCAAAAUAAUUCCAAGCACAUACAAUGGCAAUGUGGUUCAGAUGGAGAGGUGUGGGCGUGGAUCAUGGGAGAAUCCCCAAACGAUAAACCUUAUGAGCAGAUUUGUGAGGAGCUCAUGACAGAAAGGGCAAGACAACAAGCUCAGAUCGAGGCAGAAGAACAAUGGAAGCAGAAAGAAGCAGAAAUUGAAAAGAAAUUUAGGGAUGCCAUGGCCAAAGAAAAAGCACGAAUAGUAGCUGAAAAAUGGAAGGAGGAAAUAGAAGAUAGAAAAGCAGCAAAACUGAUGGAAAAUAAAUUUCAGGAAGAAUUAAAGAAAAGAGAAGAAGAAGAGAGACGGAAAGGGGAGGAACAGAUCCGACAGCGAGAAGAACUCAGAGCAAAGGAGCUAUACCUUAGUCUAAAAAAGGCUCAACAGCAAUGCCAAAGGAAUGAAAAUGAGGAAGAGGAGUGGCAACAACAAUUACAGAAAUCCAGAGCAGCAGAUGAAGACCGCAAGCACAAGGCAAGGUGGGCCCGAGCCGAAUAUCACAGGCAAUCCUUACGAGCCAUUCAGAAAGGAAAAGUGGCUGGGUUGAGCAAUCUGUUCCAAACUGUUAAUCUGAACAAUGGUCAAGAAUCCAGUCAGGAAAAUAACAGAACAUCUCAGCUCAUUAAGCUCCAAGUACCAGUUGGGAAAGUGUGGGAGCGACCAGCUAGACCAAUAACAAGAGAUGUCAUUAUACGGUGGUUCAAAGAAGAACAGCUUCCACGAAGAGCUGUAAUGGAAAAGAAUACUGAAGUUGUUGCUCCAUGGUUCCAUGGUAACCAUUUACUGAAUUAUUCUAAAUUGUUAAAAAACACCCCUUUUUAUGUUUUGAUGACGUGGGAGAUGAACUCUUCCUCUCCUGUAUACGCACUCACUGCUGCAACCGGAAGUGAUGUCAUCCAGCAGAAUCCAUCUCUUUGUAUUGCAAAGGUUCCCCUUCACAAUCAGCACCACAGGAUUGAAGAAAUGGAUUGUUUGAUAUACGAACAUCAUGCACUUUUGACAUUAUGGAUCAUUGGCUCUUGUCUGAGAAUACCAGAUACAGCUGUCUUACUGUUUUCAUGUGAUGGGAUUGUUAUACGGUCAGGAAUUAUAAGUCGAGAGGAAGCAGAAGAACUAUUAAUGAACAAGCCAGAGGGAUCCUUUCUUGUCCGAGUUAGUGAGAAGAUCUGGGGCUAUGCCUUGUCUUACCGUCAACAAACUGGUUUCAAGCAUUUUCUGGUGGAUGCAUCUGGGGAUUACUACAGUUUUCUUGGUGUGGACCCCAACAGGCAUGCUACGCUUACAGACCUUAUUGACUUUCAUAAGGAAGAAGUCAUUACAAGUUCUGGUGGGGAACUUCUUGUGGAACCUUGUGGGCAGAUCAAGAACACUCCUGACUAUAGCAUCUUAUUUGAUUAA